UCCAGGUUUGUGUGCGACUCACACCGGACUGGACGGUGCGAUCAUCUGGAAAUUUUUUCACUCCGUCGAAUUUUUUUUUUGGGGGAGCUCACACCUGUGUCAUUUUCUGUCGCCAAUUUUUCGGCUUUAAGUAUUCUCGAAGCCCAAUCGGAUGCGAAGAAAUGAGCGGUGAAAUCAGCGCCUGGAGUGUAAAUAAAGAUUCCGGCUAGCUAGCUGCUUAGCCCACCCAAUUAAGCUAGUUAGUGCGCUUAGCUAAUUAACUUUUCGGGUUUUGGAUGCUGAAAAUCAAAGGUUUGCACUGUAGCCAGUGUUAUAUAGACACGCAGCGGGUGUAAAAGCGCAUAUGGCUGUCUUCUGCCACCUGUCGCCGUGUGUUAGCUAGAGAUCCGGGCAGCUGAUGGACAGUGUUGCGGUGAGUCUGGGCACUGGGGCGGUUAGCUUAGCGAGACAGCAAAGGACAGCACGGAUGUCGUGGCAGGCUCGUUUGUCCCUCCGGGACUCUGGUUGGUAGUCAUUACAGCUUCUAAAAACAGGGCUUGAGCGGGUCUGAUAGCAGGGGAGAUCUUCAGAUUCACAUCUGGCCUCCAAUCUCAUCCAGUCUUUGGCCUUGUUGGAUAGACCCGUUUGUAUGAGCAGGCUGGGGUCUCUUUGGCUUCAUCGAUUUGCGUCUACCAUAAGGCAUCCUGCUGCAUUUUUCAACGACAUUCCCCCAAAUCCAUCCUGUUCCUCUUUCGACGCGGUUGCAAAGGGAAGCGGGCCGUAGAAGUGUGUCAGAUCAGGGUUGGGAUCUCCAAACGCUGUGGUGAUGACUCUGGAGUCCAUGAUGGCCUGUUGCAUGAGUGAAGAGGCGAAGGAGUCCAAAAGAAUCAACGCCGAGAUCGACAAACAGCUCAGGAGAGACAAACGAGAUGCAAGACGAGAGCUCAAACUCCUCUUACUGGGCACGGGCGAGAGCGGCAAGAGUACGUUCAUCAAACAAAUGCGCAUCAUUCAUGGAGCGGGCUACACCGACGAGGACAAACGUGGCUUCACCAAACUCGUCUACCAGAACAUCUUCACCUCCAUGCAGUCCAUGAUCCGUGCCACCGAGAACCUCAAGAUCCCGUUCAAAUACGAAGAGAACAAGAACAACGCUCUGCUGGUGCGAGAGGUCGACGUUGAGAAGGUUUGCUCCUUCGACCAGCCCUAUGUCAAUGCAAUAAAGAUGCUAUGGGCGGAUCCAGGCAUCCAGGAAGCCUACGACCGCAGGCGAGAGUACCAGCUCUCUGACUCCACUAAAUAUUACCUUAGCGAUUUAGAGCGUAUAUCGUCUCCGGGAUACGUGCCCAGCCAGCAGGAUGUGCUGAGGGUCCGAGUACCCACUACUGGCAUCAUAGAGUAUCCCUUUGACCUGGAGAAUAUAAUCUUCAGGAUGGUGGAUGUCGGAGGGCAAAGGUCAGAGCGCAGGAAGUGGAUCCACUGCUUUGAGAACGUCACAUCUAUCAUGUUCCUGGUUGCCUUGAGUGAAUAUGACCAGGUCCUUGUGGAAUCUGACAAUGAGAAUCGCAUGGAGGAAAGCAAAGCGCUGUUUCGCACAAUCAUCACCUACCCCUGGUUCCAGAACUCCUCGGUCAUUCUGUUCCUGAACAAGAAGGACCUUCUGGAGGAGAAGAUCAUGUACUCUCACCUGGUGGACUACUUCCCUGAAUUUGACGGUCCGCAGAGGGACGCCCAGGCGGGCCGCGAGUUCAUCCUGAAGAUGUUCGUGGACCUGAACCCGGACAGCGACAAGAUCAUCUACUCGCACUUCACCUGCGCCACAGACACCGAAAACAUCCGCUUCGUCUUCGCGGCGGUCAAGGACACCAUCCUGCAGCACAACCUCAAAGAGUACAACCUAGUGUGAGAGAGAGAGAGAGAGAGAGAGAGAGAGAGAGAGAGAGAGAGAGACCGAAUGAGAGCGAGACACCUGCAGCCCACACACGGCCGAAAGCACUACACACCUCACACGCAGAAACACCCUCACCCCCAUUAGGCACUGGAUCUUCACAUAGUCCUUUUCUUUGCCUGUUUUCUCCUCUCUUCCCGAGUGUCGACCCCCCUCCAGCUGAUAGCUUUAUCAUCCAAUCUUCCUCAAACGCGAAGGCUGGGCCGUUAAACCGGUGCCUAAUGACAAAGAGCACUCGUUUGCUCUGUAGAUGGGCUGUAGGUGGGCUCUACCUGAAUGAAACUGAGGUGCGAACUUAACGGAAACACUCGGUGGAGACGCAACGCGUCCUUGGGACGACAUUCUUGAAGGACUUCACCUCGCAUCACUGAAUUUAACCAGGUGUUAGUUGUGCAAUCACGUGCUAUAACACUAGAGGUGGAGGUGAUUUGAUUUAAUGCUAUUUUAGGAGUGAUGUAUAGCGAUUUUUCCCAUCACUACUGGAGUACUUGGAGAAGAAAUGGCACACCAUGUGACUCUUUUUCGUGAUAACGAGUAACGAAAGCCACCGUUUUUGUUCGUCAGACGCUCGAAUUGCGUUCCAAAUUUUCUAAGAACGACCGCUUUGCUCCUAUAUCCCGUAAAUUUAUCAUUCAGGCGGCGAACUGUUUCCUCCAGUCUGAUGUUUGCCAGUAUUGGAUGUUUAAUCAGUAUAACUAUAAGGGAUCCAGCUAGUAUUCCGAGAUAUUUACCGAAAGAUUGUGAUUUGUUUACAUGCUUCGUCACAUCAGUUUUGAAUCUUUGACCGAAGGAAUCAAAUAAACGCCUUUCCUAGACGAAUCAUUUGUUUUUACUCAGUAUCCAGUGAUUGAAAUGUUCGUAAACUCACUCUCGGCGCGAAAGUGCUACCGAGGGUGAAAUCGAUUUAGUUUUUUUUAUUUAUGUAAUUUAUGGACCAGAUGUGUAAUUAGCCGGACUCAUUCUCCAACAAAAUCUGGGAUCGAGUCUCUACUGCUGUAGUGAUCCUUUCUUUUUUUGGUAUUUCGUAAAUCGAUUGUCGCCGUUCUGUUCUGUUUUCCCGAAUAUUUGAAACGCUUGAAAAUGGGACGUCACGUUUCCGUUUCAUUAACGUCGCUUUAUGCAAAUAGGAAAAUUGAGAAUUUUAUCAGUGGUUGAAUUCUUAACUGGUCUCUGCUUGCGUUGUUUUUUGAGAGUUCGCUCUCGGUUUCGUAGUACCAUAUCGCUUGAUUUAGCUUUUUUGGAUUCCAUAGCUAGCUGGCUUAUUUUUUGGGGGGGAGGGAUCUUUACGACGUAAUUCAGGUGAGUUUUCAUACUUUUCAUUACAAGGGCUAAUUGUGGGCGGAGAAUGAAAGGACUCUAUGAAGACGAUAGAGCAAUAGGUACGCCGAAGCGGGUAUCUGAAUCAGGGACGGCGCGGGCGACGCCACGGGAAGUUGCCGUUUUCCGUGGGUUCGGCUUGCAGUGCAUCCAGGGAGCACCUUCGGAGAUCCUCGGAAACAGUACGCUAAUUCUUGCCGCGACUUCGAGUGGGCUGUUUCGAUUUCGUAAGUUUAGGAACGAAGUAUUCGGUGGCGGUGGUGUCACAUGUUUCUCUUUGCCAUGUUUGGUUUUGGGGGCCAUGACGGUAUCGCUUUUACUACAUUUUUUUUUUUUUUCUUUUUUUCAGCCGACAGGCUGUGAAUUUGUCGCACAUUAGCACUCGUACAGUCUUACUGGCUUCGUUUGUAUUAUUGAAACAACAUGGCUUGAGAGAACCUGAACGAUUUAGCGAAAUAUUUGAAUCACAACGGUCACUUAUUGGCGCAAUUUCUUUUUUAAAAUAGUAAUUGAAUGUAUUGUAGGAGGAUUCUUUUUUUUGUGAUGGAUUGCUUCGGAACGGGCGUUUUGAGGGUGUAAUUUAUACGCAAUUUUCCCUGUAUAUUUGCAGUUUUGUUGCGUUUAUUUAAUCCUAUAAGCCUUCUUCACAUAUGCAUUGGGACCUUUUAGUGCAUUUUACGAAUUGUUUGCCAAAUUGCUAACUUUUUUUUUUUUUCGUUGUUUAACUAAAUGAUCCUCCCGUGCCAGGCCAGUUAAGCUGCUGGGUCUUUUUUUUCCGUUUAAUUUUCACUUCAUUUCUUUUCGUGUAGUUUUGUUUGUUUAAUUUUUUUAGUUUUCGUUUCAUGUAGUUUAGUUUCCUUUUCAUCUUCGUCUUGUUUCGUUUAGCUUUAAUUUCAUUUUCAUUUAAUUUUCAUUUAGUAUCGUUUUGUUUUUCAUUUUGUUUCAUUUUUCAGUUUUCGUUUCAUUUAGUUUCAUUUUCAUUUAGUUUUAUCUUUUGUUUUCAUUAAUUUAUUUUCAUUUAGUAUUUUGUUUUCGCUGCAUUUAGUUUUAAUUUUGUUUCAUUUAUUUCAUUUAGUUUUUUCGUUUUGUUUUCAUUUACUUUUACUAUCAUUUUGUUUUCAUGUUUUGUUUCGUUUUUUCAUUUCGUUUUCAUUUCAUGUAGUUUAGUUUAGUUUUCAUUUUGUUUUUAGUUUUUUCAUUUUCGUUUAUUUUCAUUUAGUAUUGUUUUGUUUUUGUUUCAUUUAGUUUUGUUUUUGUUUCAUUUGUUUCAUGUAGUUUUGAUUCGUUUAGUUUUUUCAUUUUCGUUUAAUUUUCACUUAGUAUCGUUUUGUUUUUGCUUCAUUUAGUUUCAUUUUUGUUUAAUUUAUUUAGUUUUCGUGUAGUUUCGUUUAGUUUUUGUUUCAUUUUAGUUUUAUUUUUUUUUGUUUUCAUUUAAUUUACUUUUUAGUAUCAUUUUGUUUUUGUUCAAAUUAGUUUUGUUUCAUUUUGUUUCAUUUAGUUUGUUUCAUGUAGUUUUGUUUUCCUUUCACUUUCUUUUUUCGUUUCGUUUUGUUUUUCAAACAUCCAGAUUUGCAUACCGUCAUGCUUCUGGGCGGGGCUUCACACUUCAUUCAUUUUAAACUGUAUGUUUACUCGGGUGGGAUGGUACUGUCAGUCACCAUAUGCCAAUUUCAAACGGUUUCGUUGUUGUACAAGUAGUGGACCUGCGAAUUUUCAACGGCAUUUAUGAACACGUGAACGUUUAAAGCUUUUGUACAUUCAGCUUUCAUUUUAAAGGGCUAGGCCUAAACACUUUUUUUCUUUAUCCAACAGAAACACUACAUCCAGUCAUUUCGUACCCAUUAAGUACCACGAAACAUCAGAAUACGUUGUGCAGAUGGUAUAAAUAGCUUUGAUAUCCUGUUCAGCUGGUGUUUAAGGGGUUUUUUGGUCGUUCUCAACAAUUUGUGAUGAAGUUUGAUAUGUUUUUUCCUCCCUGGGUUAAUGCACUGAACCUACUCUGCAGUAAUGGAACCAACUCCACUCAUGUUCCUCCAAACUUGUUCCUGGUACUCUGAGAGAUGCAGACACUAAUGAAUAGAAAUGACUCUUUCGCUUGAGGUCCACACCGAUGUGAUGGAUGCGUACAAUAUGAAGCUAUCUUUACUUUCUUUAUUUUAUUUUUUUCUGAUGUCGAUGCAUUACCUGAACACUUGUAUGUAGGACACUUUAAUAUAAUACAUUUGUUUUUGAUAAAACAGCUAAAAUAAACUUUUGUGUAGUGGUGUAUAAAAUCAAAGUAUUGUAUUACUUUGUAAUGUAUUUCUUGUUCGGUUGGUUGCUCUUUUUUUUUUUCGGUUCUUUUUUUUUUUUUUCUUUUUUUUUUUUUUUUUUUUUUUUUUUUAAAAGCAUACCAAAUGUAAAUGAUGUACUAUAUUGAGUGUGCCAAUCCCUUUUGAUUUGUAGAGCCAGACUCUUUACAAGUGCCAAUGUUGUGG